AUGAUUCUCGCUUUGGGCGACUUCCUGACUAACAGGAAGACAAAGCAUGCGAGAGGCCCUGGGUUCAAUUCCCAGCUCGCCCCUUUUAUUUUUGAUUAUUUAUUUCCUAUUGGUCGGGUAACAGAUUUUUUUUAUUUUUUUCAAGGCCCUUUUGUUUUGUAA